AUGACUCUCUUCAUUCUGAACGUCUCCGUCUGGGGAGAAGCCAUUACCAAUGUUGUACAGUCUAUGAGCCUCGCCCAGAGUGCGAUGUGCGUCGUGCAAAUCGCCUGGGCGGACAUCUCCGAUGCUAUCGGCCCGGUCCUCAUUCUUGGGCCGUCCAACACCUCUACGUUUGCUCCUCCUGUUCUUGAUGGCGGCCACGAUUUCCCGUUGUAUCUCCUCGAUGUUGAUGGCGACCUUGGUCAUCGCGCUCAAGGCUGGAUAAAAUUCAUGGAACCAGCGUUCCAGGUCCUCUUCGUCCGGAGGCCAGAUUUAGCCGAUGAAAGGCAGCCAGCAGAAGGUAACCCAGCUGCGUCACAAGAGCGUAGAGCUCGUACCCCGGUCGAGCGCCCGACCCGUCAACAUGAGCCGUCCCGCUCGCCUCAUCCGAGCGAUGGCCAGACAGGGUCUCGCAGGUCUCGCAGCGGCACGCCGCCAUGGGAGCGCCGUCGACGGGAGCGACGUCAUCGUCGGAGAAGAGAAGCGUCUGAAGUAUCCUCAGACGACAAUGAAAGACGGCUCCGCGCUAAGCGAAAGCGGGAUGUUGAAGACAUCGGAGAGCGCAUUGACUCCCUCAACUUUGGCUACGACUUCGCGCCUCAAACGCCAGAAGAACAGCUCAUGAAGUACGAGAUGGAAGCUGAAAGUGCCCGAUUCCAUGCGAAGCGCUUCAAAUGUCAAGACGAGAGGCUCUUCGCAGAGGGUAGAGCGAGGAUUGCGCAGCGCAUGGCGGAUCUUCAGGAGUCCCAGAUUAGGGGAGCCUAG